AUGGCAAGGAUCAAUCGGGGAAUUCGCAUAUCAAUCAGAGACGAAAUAGAGUCGAGCAGUGUCGUCGUCCCUACCUGCACCUGUCCAGUUCACCUGUCCUUUCUGGCUUCUGCUCCUGGUGCUGUGAUCGUUUCCUUCAAAACACCCAUAUCCAUUACUUUUCCACGGUUGCAUCAUUCACGUAAUGACGUCAUUGCUGACCCGAGAAGGUUGACUGAUAAGCGAAGCAGUGAUGGCCGUCCAUGCACGCAUAAGAACCAAAUUCAAGGUUCUGUACAUAAUUCUGGUCUUGACUGGAUUCUUCCGCCUGGAAAUGGUAGAUCAAAUCUCCCCGCUUGGGUGGUGAUGGUCAAAGGAAUUCCGCACGAUCGCAAUGAGAAGAAGAGUCUGCCGAAAGAGAGCUUAAUAGCGCUGUUUCAUGAGCCUAUCCGAAACAAACCGGUCCUUGUGGUUUCUGCAGUCGUCGCCUCUCUGGCCAUCGCUGUAACCAGCACUCAUCUCUUCGUGGCCAGUCCCAUAGAUCCAGUCGAGUAUCAACUGCCGUCACCACCUCAUUUCGAAGAGGAGCUUGCCACGAACACACGGUUAGCUAAGGCGGAACUACUACUUGAGGAUCAAGUUUAUGGUCCAGAAUGCAUCGCGGUGGAUCAGAAAAGCGGCCGGGCAUAUACUGGGUUGAAAACUGGGCUCAUUUGCGAGAUUGAUUAUAGUGGAAAGGAGGCAAAAAUUCUUCGAGCCGUACGACUCACUUCGCUCGAAGGAUGUGAUGGAUCCUAUCAAUCCAUGAUUAAGUGUGGUCGUCCGCUGGGAAUGAGGAUUCAUCCACAGUCCAAGGAGUUGUACGUGCUGGAUGCUUAUCUAGGAUUAUUUGCGAUUAACUGGGAUACAGAGAAAGUGCGGCAGUUUUUCACGAGUGGAACAUCCAUAUCUGACGACGACAGCGCAGCUCCUACAAGGUAUCUCAAUGAUUUUGAUUUUUUGCCCGAUGGACGGCUGGUGAUCUCCGAGUCGAGUACAAAAUUCGAUGAUAGGGAUUUUAUCUAUGAUCUGCUGGAGCACAGACCGAAUGGGAGGUUGCUAGCGUACGAUCUUGAAAAAGAAGAGCUUUCCGUGAUGAUCGAUAACUUAUACUUCCCAAACGGGGUCGAAGUGGUGCGAGGAAAAGUUUUUAUAGCGGAAAUGGGAAAAGCCAGAAUACUCAAGUAUUCUCCUUCUUCAAAUACAAUCAAUGUGCUCAAUGAUAACCUUCCUGGUUAUCCGGACAACAUCAGACAAACGAGUAACGGUGAACUUUGGGUACCCAUAGCAGCGAUGAGGUCGGACGGAGAUAACUGGUUGGCUGCAAGACCUACAUUGAGAGCUCUGCUCACAAAGCAGUUUUUCGUAUUACAGUUGCUCUCAUCUCAAGGUGUGCAGGCGGUCGCCGAAUGGAUGACUCGCAAAUAUGGAUUAGUACUCAAGAUGGAUGUGGAGUCUGGAAAAAUACUGGAGUCGCUCCAUGACAGUACUGGUCGUGUUUCCGAUAUCACAACGGCUGUAGAAGACGGGCACGGACAUUUGCUUAUAGGAAGCGAUGCAAAUUACUAUUUAGCCAAACUCAAACUGUGA